AUGUCUUUUGCAACCGCCCAUGCCAACCCAACUCCGGCGCAGGAGGAGUACCAAGAUCUCUUGAAUAAGAAUACAGGCGGAGACAGCCCACGUGUACACCCUGAGGACAGAGACGAUGCACGCCGGGAAUUAAGCCACAGCGACGAGGACGAGGAGGACCGAUUCCGCAACGAUCAAAUUGACGCCGCCAUGUGCACCCCAGCAGGGAGGGACUUGGUUGACCGUCCUGACAUCAAGCUGCCCCCGGCUACCUUCGACUCGGGUCGUAGCACAGGUGUCAAAGGUGUAAUUGCCGACGCGCGAUCAUACGAACAAGCUCGACAGGGCAAGUGGCGGAAUAGGGUCCGCGCUGCCAGGAAGUCGGUGUUCGGAUUGGGCGAUGGCCCCAAGAACCAGGCUGCGCAAAGUGGGAGCGAGGAAGAAUCUGACGCGGACGAAGAGACAUUCCUCCAGAAGUGGCGCGAAGCGAGGCGGCUAGAGCUUGAGAACGAGGCACGGAACGGUGUUCGCAAUCGAAGAACAAGUCCGAGUCUGCGCAUGUUCGGUCGCUUCGAUACCGUGGAUGCUCUCGGCUAUUUAGAUGCCAUUGAGAAAGUUGGGAGGGAGACAGUCGUUGUAGUCUUCGUCUACGACCAUGAGUGUCAGGUCUCGGGUCUCAUCGAAUCGGCACUACGGCCUCUUGUUUCUAUCUACCCGGCGGUUCACUUCAUUAAAGUACACUACGAGGAUAUCGAGUUCGACAAUGCUGCCGUGCCCACAAUCCUCGCGUACAAGAACCAAGGGGACCUCUUUGCCAAUAUGACAGGCAUCAUCGACAUGAUCCCCGAGGACGAAGACUUCGACAGCGACGCAUUGAAGAGACUAUUCCAAAGAAAUGGUGUCAUCUAG